UGUAGUUGGAAAUUAAGAUUAAAAUAGAACAUAAAACAUUAAAUUUGAUUUUAUUUCAAUACCAAAUUUAAUAUUAUGGUUGUAGUUGCCCUGACUAGUAACAUUAAAAACCAAUCAAGUUUAUUUUUAGUUUGUAACUUAUCACUCAACGAUUUGAAAGGAAAACGGUAUACUGCAUUUUGCAGUCCCUCUCUAACAAUCUCUUAUUAACUAACACAAAUAUUUCCAUUCUUUAUUCAUGAUACCAGACAAAGCACUUAUUACACUAUAAGUAGGGCAUAGAUCAUAGCAAAAGUUGAGGGGACAGCAAAUUUAAACUAAGAUUAGUUAAAAAGCAAUUAAGAUUAUCUUCGUCCCUAAUCUAUAAUUUACUCUAAAUAUAGAGUAAAAAAUGGAGGAUGAACAAAAAAAAUAAAAAAAUUACUCCAUAAAUAUAAUGAUUUUUUAUUUUUUGUUAUUACUCUAUUUUUCACUCUAUUUUGGAGUAAAUUAUGGAGCGGGGAUGGAGAUUUCCGUACUCUCCUUUUGAUCAGAAAUUUCAACCCAGUAAACAUCGUCUUAAAAUUCUAAUCACCGAUAUACAGAAGGAAAAUGAUGAAUUUCAUUAGUCACAAAAUGAAGAUUAUUAUAUUGUCUAAAAUAUGAAAUUAUUGAUUUUAUGAUAUUUUGUAUAGCUGUGAUCCAUAUUAAAGGCCACUAAACUAUUUGGCAUUUUAUAAAACACGUCUUCUUUUGCAUCGACAAUCAUAAUUUUUAUUCGCAUUAAUUAGGUAAACGACGCAUGAACCCAAAGUAUAUAUGUUUCUUCUAUAACAUCAUGUGUUGAUUGAGUUUCACAUAUAUAUGUCGUGAACCAAUCCAAAAGACCGUUGCCCAAUCGUCUUGAUUUACUCUACUAUUUUCCUUGCAACUAAUUUUAUGCGUGAUUAUGUAUGCGACUAAAGUGUUAGGUGACAUGGGUUAAUUCGGGGUAUUAGUUAGUCGGUAGCUAAUGAUAUUUAGAGUGCUAAUCAAGAUCUAUAAUCAUACUUUAUAUUUCAUUUCUCUCUCUUCCUUUUGAAAUUUUUAAUUUAAACUGAUUAUUUCUCUUCUUUCCAUAUUGGAUUGGCCUCAAAAUGGAUUCGGCUCGUACUUCUAUGUUAAUCUUGCUAUCUUCCUAUUUUAGUAACAAACGAUAUCACUAAAAUUUCUCUUAAUCCUCUAAUUCUUGAUUUGCUUUUGAUGAAAAAAAGUAUUACUAUUAUACAAAACUCCAAUUGCUCACAGCCAAUAAGAAAGAACACACACGUCGACAUUAAUCAUUUUGAUCGUCUUUUUAUUUAUUUCAAAUUUAUUCAAUUAAUAUCUUCCGGUCCGGUCAUUCAGAUCUCUGUCGUCUCUUUCUCUCUCUAUAUCUAUACACACAAACCAAUCUUUAAACACUAUUGAAUCUCUAUCUCUCUUCUUCAUCUUCUCCAUAAGUUUCAAAAGAUAAAAGCUUGACCCUUCUUUGCUUAUAACUUCUUUCUUUAAGAAAAGAAAAUUAUUUUAUUCAUCUUCUAUAGGACUUUCAGUAGGUCAUCUAGAAACCCUAUUUUUUCUAAUGAAGAAUCAGCAAGAAGCGAUGAGCAGUAGUAUCGAAGAAUCUCUAAAAUCUAUGUCGUUGGAUUACUUAAAUCUCUUAAUCAACGGUCAAGCUUUCUCCGACGUCACUUUCAACGUAGAAGGCCGUCUAGUCCACGCUCACCGUUGCAUCCUGGCCGCACGUAGCCUCUUCUUCCGCAAAUUCUUCUGCGGAUCUGACCCUUCCCAAACCGAUCCGGCUAACCAAACCGGGUCAGGAGCUAGAGCAGCCGUAGUGGGAGGAGUCAUACCGGUGAACUCGGUCGGUUACGAAGUUUUCUUGCUUCUACUUCAGUUCUUGUACAGUGGUCAAGUCUCUAUGGUACCGCAUAAGCACGAGCCAAGAUCGAAUUGUGGCGAUAGAGGAUGUUGGCACACGCAUUGCACCGCAGCUGUGGAUCUCUCUUUAGAUAUCUUAGCUGCGGCUCGUUAUUUUGGCGUGGAGCAGCUCGCUUUGCUUACUCAGAAACAAUUGACAAGCAUGGUGGAGAAAGCCUCCAUCGAAGACGUGAUGAAGGUGCUAAUAGCUUCAAGAAAGCACGACAUGCAUCAACUAUGGACCACUUGCUCUUACCUAGUUGCCAAAUCCGGUCUUCCAACAGAGAUUCUAGCCAAGCACCUCCCAAUCGAACUCGUAGCCAAGGUUGAGGACCUUCGUCUCAAAUCUUCCAUGCCACUUCGUUCCCUAAUGCCUCACCAACAUGACCUAACCUCGGCUCUAGACCUAGAGGACCAGAAGAUCAGGAGGAUGAGACGAGCUUUGGACUCCGCGGAUGUCGAGCUCGUGAAGCUAAUGGUUAUGGGAGAAGGACUCAAUCUAGACGAGUCCUUAGCUUUGGUUUACGCUGUGGAGAAUUGUAGUAGAGAGGUUGUGAAGGCACUUCUUGAGCUUGGAGCAAUCGAUGUGAAUUAUCCGGCGGGUCCCACCAGGAAGACCGCACUCCACAUUGCGUCUGAGAUGGUCUCACCAGACAUGGUGGCCGUCUUACUAGACCACCAUGCAGAUCCCAACGUUCAGACAGUUGAUGGUAUCACUCCUCUUGACAUACUUAGAACCCUAACUUCGGAUUUCUUGUUUAAGGGGACAGUUCCUGGAUUGACUCACGUUGAGCCUAAUAAGCUCAGGCUUUGUCUCGAGCUGGUCCAGUCCGCAGCACUGGUGAUGUCCCGUGAAGAAGGGAUCAAUAAUGAUAACAACACUGUGAUGUACCCUAGGUUGAAAGACGAACACAUGAGUGGAAGUAGUUUGGAUUCACGAUUGGUUUAUCUUAAUCUCGGAGGUGAACAUGGAAACCAAAUGGAAGGAAUGAGCCUGCAUCAUCAUCAUGAGCCGCCAACAAUGUAUCACCAUCACCACCACCAUUUCUAAGUUUUUUUAUUCGAUCAUCUUCUAGUUAUGAUAAUUAAGAUUUAAGAGUAAAGACAUAUUCGAGAUCUAAUUUAUUUGUUAUGGUAGACAUUUUCUGUGUAUAUGGAUAUGCGAACAAUGUAAACUCUUAUAUUCCGUUAAGAGUGGGAAGGAAGGAGACAAGAAGAUAAUCAGGCCACCAACAAAAUGGUCAUUAGAAAACGUAUUUUUUUAUAAAAAGAAAAAUUAUGCUGUUGUUAUUGGAAAAUUAAGAUACUAGUUAUUAUAAUCUCAUUAAUUAUACUAAUUUUGUUGUUAUAAACUCAUAUUUCUCUUCU